AUGCCCGCUCCAGCUACCAUCACCCCCCAGUUCUGGGACAAAUACUUCGGCGUCGAUGCGACCUGCGAGACGGCCUUCGAGGGUCUCACUGGUUCGAGGUUGUGGAAGGAGUUGCUGGUGACGUAUUGCACCGAGCGCCACUCUACUCUCCAAGUCUUGGGCAUGAGGACGGGCGCCGACGGGAAGUACACCCUCUUGCUCAAGAGAUGCCCCGAUGUCAACCCGCGGAAGCAGUGCCAGAUUGUCAAGGAAUACGCCAAAACUCUCAUGGAUAAGGGCCUCUUCUCCGAGAUGCGCGGGCAGCCCAUCGCAGUGGAGACGGGUGCGAGCUGCGCUGAUGGCGAUUGCUUGAUGAUCGCGGGAGCGACUUUAUGCGAGGCGUGCAAGGUUGCCGCGGACAUCGACACGACCAACGUCUACAUCCAGGACAUCAUCAGGGAUGUCAUGUCCAACAUCAUGGUGUUUCGUCGCGACUGUCCCAAGGAAAUCCAGCGCGCAGUGAAAAAGAUGCACAACAAGUUUCACAGCGGGUCCGAUGCCACAUUCGUGGAGCUGUUCGAGCUUGUGGACGAGGCCGAGAAGACGUGGGCCGCUCGCAAAAAGGCCGCCGAGACUUUUGUCAAAGUACUGAAGGCUGAGCGCAUAACGGUGACAUCGUGUCCUAAGAGCGGAGACUACCGCUACGAGAAACUCUACGAGCGCUACGUGCUCAGCCAUUUCGAUCAGUUCAAGACCUGGGAUCACUACGACAACUGCAAGAGCUUCACCCACAAGAUGCAUGCGGCCAAACUCUACACCCCGUGGAAGGAGGAGAUGGAGCAGCGGUGCGAGUUCCUCGACAGGGGAAUCACCAACAAGCUCGUGGCCAAAGUCUGCAACACCCUGUUCCUUCGCAUCAUGGACUUCAGCGACGCCGUGGCGGCACCCCCUGUGAAGAAGCCCAAGAAAGGCACCCAGGAUGAAGCUCUCGUCCUGAACGUGCCAGCUGAGGAGAUCCACGAUACGGUAUCCGCCGACAGCCCUAGCACUUCGAGGAACACGCUGUUCUUCGACGACUUGGUCAACGCUAUCUGCCAGCCGCUGCAGCACUUGCCGAUUGCGCGGUACAACGCGGAGGUGAUCCGCGAGCUCUUCAAGUUCGGCUUCAUUUUCUGUUUCGAAGGUGCCGUGACCAUCAGGGGGGAGAUGUACACCGACUGGUCGAAGGUUCGGAAGAUCUUCAGGGAUGACAGCAUCCGCGCUCACAGGGGGGACCUCAUGGUCAAGGAGUGCGAGAUUGCUCAUGGCGAUGCCGAUGCUGGUGCCGCGAGCUCUUUUGCUGGCCCCUCGGUCGGUAGCGUUCAAGCCGUCAACGACGCGUUGAGCCAGUUCGUCGGCGAUGAGAAGUUCGUGCUCGGCAUGUUUGCAAUCGUUCGCCAGACGAAGAUGCCUGAUAUUUUGGUGCAGCCAGCUUACUUGAACGUAUCGAUGAAGCUCUACCAGCAGCACGUGGAGGACGUGACGCCCAAGGGCGAUGCCGCGGCCGCUCCCGUGGCCUGGACCCACGUACCGUUCCUUGAGUGCGCGCGCAGGGUGCUCAAGGAUACGUUCUCGCACAGGUGGACGGAGUUCGGCACGCGCUUGCUGCCGAUCGUCGAGAAGGGGGCCGACGACUCGAAUAUCUCCCAUCUCACGGUGGGCCUUUUCGAUACCAAAGCUCAUGUGCGCCGCUUCUUCGGGCUUCGGGCUUCCUGCGUGAUCGGCACGCUCGCGAACCUCGGCUGCAUUGCCGCGCCGAGCGCCAUACAGGCCCUUUACGACAACAUCAGCAUGAUCAAGGAGCGCGACUUGGCCGUGAAAGACGAUAGGUGGGUCGCCAUGUGGAGCGUCGUCAUCAACGCCGCGAUGAUCGACCCCGACCAGUUGCGCGGGAAGCUCGAGGCCAUGGUGGUGGUUAAGGACCAGGCGGCCUGGUUCGGCAAUGACGCCGACGCCCCGUCGUCGCUGCCGCUCUCAGACUCGUGCGGCAGCUCCCCCGCCCAGCCCGAUGAGGAGCAGGCGAAGACGACGGUGGCGGAGGCGGAGGUGCCGAAGGACCAGGCGACGGAGGCGCCGAAGGGCCAGACGAAGAAGGAGGCGGAGGGGGAGGCUACGACUCCGAAGGCCAAGACCGUUGCCGAUCCCGCAGCGGGCUCCUCGACGGCAGCGAGCGGUGGCAAGACGACGGGCUCGACGUCGCACGCCAUGGCGAAGGUGGAGAUCGAGAUGACGUUGACAGCCAUCGCUUCACAUAUGGCUUGCUCCGAGGUGGGCGCCCCCGUCUUGGCGUCCUUCAUGAAGCACCUGGGGGCUUUCAUUUACGACACGAUCAAGAUGAGCAAGCUUCCGUCAGUCGAUGUGAAAUCGCCGACGAAGCGGAAACUGGGCAAGAAGACGUCGAACGAAUUCAAGCCAGAUAAGGCACCUGCCGCGGGUGCCGCCGAGGUCUGGGGGGACUUCGCGGACGCGGGCUUGGACCUCAUCAAGGCCAAGCUGGGCGAGCCCGACAGCAAGGAGAAACCAGAGCUCGUGGCCACGGAGAUUACGCCGUCCAUCUGCUUGCACUUCUACGGGGCAGUCACCCGCGCGUUGGUGAAGGACGCGCUCCACGUGUGCUCCGCCUUCGGCAUUGACUUCUACAUCACGAAGGAGGGCGUCGACACUUUCCAUUCGCAGCUGGGGUUUUGCCCUGCCUGGAUGGUGAAUGUCAAGCAGCCCAAGGAGAAGACCCUGACCGACGGAUCCAAGAAGCUGGAGCCGCCGACUGUCAACCUGAACCACAAGAAGGAGACGACGUCGAUGCAUUACACAUACUCGCACAUGGGGAAGACAAUGACAGUGCACAUCCCUGUCACGAUCCACUCCCUGGUGACUCUCAACCAGUCGAAGCAGGCGGUGAAGAAGGGUGCUACCACCGCAAAGGGGGCGCCUGAGGAGUUCAAGGGUGCAAAACAUUUGUAUCGCUGA